AUUCUAUUACGAUUAUGUUUUUUACCGUGUAUUGCAAUUGUUCGUUAAGUUGUUGAAGGAAAAAAAAAGAAAUGAAAAUGUGAUGUGUGCAAUUGUGAAUGUGUGUAUAUUGUCAAUAAGUCGUAAAUGAUUUUAAAUCCCCAUUUGACACAUAUCAUUUUGUUGUUGAAUUUGAUUGUUGUGAAAUUUAAAUCAACCGUCGUUUAUUCGAAUGAAGAAACGAAGCAAUUGAAAUCAAUCAAUAAAUCAUAAGAAAUACAAACGUGGUGGAAUCGUUGUGUGUUUACAUAUUUAAAAAAAGAAUAAAAAAAGAUUCGGAUUCAAAUAAUGUGGCUUAUUAAUGAGUGUGCUCAAUUAUCGACACAAAAGACACACUUUUUUAAAAUGAAGAACGGCAUUCGCAGUGAUUUCCGUGAACCACAUCAUUUAUGGUCGUUAUGGUAUUCAGCCCUCAUCAUUAUGUUGAUAUUUCUACCAAACAUCAAUAAUUGUCAUCAAAUCAAUGCAUACACAACGAAUACCACACAGCAACUGACGGCAGCGGUUCCAUCACAAAUCUAUCGCGGCAGCAAAUAUACAUAUGAAGAUUUAUUAUAUGGCAAAUUCCCGUUCAAAGUGUCCGACGACAUUGACAUGGAUCCAUGCAAAGCAAGCGAAUUUAUGGGAGACAUAGCACUGCCAAAUAUAAAUUACGAGUCUCAAUGGCAACAGCAAAAAUUGAAUAAAACUUUUCAACAAGAACUGGAACAAUUAAAACAAGAAGUUCAUUACGAAGGAUUGCAAGUUGAAGAGGAGGGUUUAACCGAUAUUAUUCGAAAAAAGACGAAAUUACCAUCAGACACAAAUCCCAUAUUAAAUAACAACGAACCGAGCAAAAAUGAUGCCACAUUAAUAGAGCCAAACCACGUGCCAAUUUUACCAUAUGAAAAAGAAUCCAAAUCGUUGAAUGGAACAUUAAAUGCAAAUACCGCACUUGAGUCAAGUGGAAAUGAAUCGAUUGAGGGAAAAAACGUUUUCGAUGCAGCGAAUGUGAAUAAAACGAAUUUAUUGAGCGAAAUUACGAGUGAUGAAAAACGAACGAAAAAUCUUAGCAACGUAUUUCGUGAUAUUGAUGCGAAAAAAAUUCAAUCAAAUGCCAAAGAUAUCGAAGAUGAAUCGACAAACAUUCUACAAUCAAGACGUAACGUAAAAGUCGAUUUGAGCACAACUAGAACAACAACAACAACGACGACGACGACGACGACGACGACAACAACCACAAUAACAGAAUCCAUACCAACAACAACACCAAAAAUAUCUUCAGAUCCAAUACUGUUGUCGUCUGUUAAUGAUGCAUUGGAGCCAACAUCGACGCCAGCAACAAUCAUUUCAACAGAAUCAACGACUUUACCUCAAAACAAUGAGCCAAAUGUUGCCAAUGUUGAAAGUGACCCGGUAUCAUCAUCACAACAACGUCAUCGAAGACAUCGUCAAAAAAGACGAGAAGCAAAAAUAAAUGGUGAAAAAAUGGUCGAUAACACAUAUCAAGCACGAUUGAAACGUUUGAAAGAUGAAUUAAAUGGUCCAAUCGUUACGGAAAUCAUUCAAAUGCAUAAACUUGAUGAACACAUCAACAAUAAUACACAUAGUUUUAAUGGUGGCAUUGUGAAUGACGAUGAUAUUUUCGAAGAGCCACCACAGAUAAAUUCACCACCGUCACCGAAAAAUACAACCACAAAUUCAUUGAAUUCAAGUACAAUGCCACUGGAACAAUCAUUUGACCGCGAUAGAAUGAAAGAGUUACACCAACAUCAUCGUGUUACACGGGCUGCAACGGCAAAAAAGGAACGCAUCUGGGACUAUGGUGUUAUUCCAUAUGAAAUCGAUGCAAAUUUUAGCGGUGCACACAAGGCUCUAUUCAAGCAAGCAAUGAAACAUUGGGAAAAUUUCACAUGCAUAAAAUUCGUUGAGAGAAAUCCAAACGAUCACAUGAACUACAUCAUAUUUACGAUUCGACCAUGCGGUUGCUGUUCGUUUGUCGGAAAACGUGGAAACGGUGGACAAGCCAUUUCAAUUGGAAAGAAUUGUGACAAAUUUGGUAUUGUGGUACAUGAACUUGGUCAUGUGGUUGGUUUUUGGCACGAGCACACUCGACCGGAUCGAGAAAAUCAUGUUGUGAUUGAACGCGCAAAUAUUUUGAGCGGACAAGAGUACAAUUUCAAUAAAUUGACUGCCGAAGAAGUGAAUUCAUUGGGGCUACCAUAUGAUUAUGAUUCGAUAAUGCAUUAUGCGCGUAAUACAUUUUCGAAAGGUACAUAUCUUGACACCAUUUUUCCGGUUGAAGUUAAAGGACGAAAACGGCCCGAAAUUGGACAACGUUUACGACUGAGUGAAGGUGAUAUUGCACAAGCAAAUCUAUUGUACAAAUGUCCAAAAUGUGGUCGAACGUUCCAAGAGAAUUCGGCCUCAUUUACAUCGCCCAGUUAUUAUUCGAGUUCACCAGGAGCCGAACCAGAAUCAUGUGAAUGGCGUAUAACGGCCACACAUGGAGAGAAAAUCGUCUUGAAUAUCACAGACUUGGAUAUUUUUAAAUCAAACAAUUGUCGAACGGAUUAUUUGGAAAUUAGAGAUGGAUACUGGCACAAGUCACCAAUUCUUGGACGUUAUUGUGGUUCUGGACGAAUUAUGGAACUAAUUAAAUCGAGCAGCAGUCGAAUGUUACUUACUCUAAGCACAACACACAGACAAGCUGGUUUGCGCGGUUUUGCAGCUAGUUAUGAAGCGGUUUGUGGUGGUGAUUUAAAUCUAGAGAGUGGAAAUCAACUUGAAUCGCCAAACUAUCCACUGGAAUAUUUACCAAAUAAAGAAUGCAUUUGGCGUAUAACCGUUCAAGAGGACUAUCAAGUGGCAUUAAAAUUCCAAUCGUUUGAAGUGGAAAAUCAUGAUAAUUGCGUAUAUGAUUAUGUUGAAGUUCGUGAUGGUGACAGUCCGGAUUCUCGUUUGAUUGGAGUAUUCUGCGGUUAUAAAGUACCACCGGAUAUGAGAUCAACGACAAAUAAAAUGUUUGUGAAAUUCGUGUCUGAUGGUUCUGUACAAAAGGCUGGUUUCUCUGCAACGUUUAUCAAAGAAUUGGAUGAAUGCGAAUUGAAAGAUCAUGGUUGUGAACAUAAUUGCAUCAAUACGCUGGGUGGUUAUCAAUGUUCUUGUAACAUUGGAUACGAAUUGCACAGUGACAAAAAGACGUGUGAAAAUGCAUGCGGUGGAAUCAUUGAAGCAUUAAAUGGUACAAUAACAUCACCAUCAUUCCCCGAUGUGUAUCCAGUAUCGAAAGAUUGUACAUGGGAAAUCGUAGCGCCCGAACAAUAUCGUAUUACAUUGAACUUUACCCAUUUUGAUUUGGAAGGUAAUCAUUUCCAUCAGCAAGAAUGUGAUUAUGAUUCGUUGACGGUUUAUUCAAAAUUGGAAGACAAUAAUUUGAAAAAACAUGGCAUUUUCUGUGGUGAACGAAUGCCGCCGUUGGUAACAUCGGAAGGAAACAUAAUGCGCAUUGAAUUCCGUUCCGAUAAUACGGUGCAAAAGAGUGGUUUUGCGGGUGUAUUCUUUACGGACAUUGAUGAAUGUGCCGUUAACAAUGGUGGUUGUAUGCAUGAAUGUAAGAAUACAAUUGGAUCGUAUGUAUGUUCCUGUCACAAUGGAUAUGUCUUACAUGAUAAUGGAUUGGAUUGCAAAGAAGGCGGUUGCAAAUACGAAAUUACGGCACCACACGGAACAAUUAUGAGCCCAAAUUAUCCCGAUUAUUAUCCACGGAAAAAGGACUGUGUGUGGCAUUUUACAACAACACCUGGCCAUCGGAUUCGUUUACAUUUCAAUACAUUCGAGAUUGAACCGCAUCAAGAAUGCGCUUAUGAUUAUGUUGCCAUUUAUAAUGGUGAUUCGGUGGAUAGUUUUACGUUGGGCAAAUUUUGCGGUUCGAAAUUACCACAUCCAAUAUCGGCAUCAUCGAAUGAAAUGUUUAUGGUAUUCAAAUCAGAUGCCAGUGUUCAACGGCAAGGUUUUACCGCAACACAUUCGACUGCAUGUGGUGGUCAUUUGAUGGCAACAACACGUGUCAAACACUUUUAUUCGCAUGCCAAAUUUGCCGACAACAACUACGAUCAUAAUGCUGAUUGUGAUUGGACUAUUGAAGCUGAACCGGGACGAAAUGUUCAUUUAACAUUUUUAACAUUCGAUAUUGAAGAUGAGAAGGCGUGCUCUUAUGAUUACGUUGAUAUUUAUGGUGGUCUUGACGAUUACAGUGGACCCUUGUAUGGAAGAUACUGCGGCCUUAAUAAACCUCCUGACGUAAUUUCAAUGAACGAAGCAUUAUUGGUUCGGUUCCGUUCCGAUGGUACAAUGAAUCGAAAAGGAUUUUCGGCAUCGUAUGUGGCCGUCGAUCCGUUUGAAGGCAGCGAAGAAGAAAUAAGCUCCGAUAGCUCGGAGGUCACACCAUUUCCCGGUUACAUAAAAAGCGUGUACGUGAACAGCAACAAAUUGGCCAAUCGAAAUAGUGACAACACCGAUGAUACGGAUAACGAAGAAGAGGUUUACAAUGAAUAUGAUAAUUAUAAUUUGAUUAAAUUAAACAAUAAAAAUAAGAAGACCGAACCAUCCGAAAACGGUUUAAUUGAUUAAAAUGAAAGUUAAAUUAAAAAAAAAAGAAAAAAAAAUCUUAACAAAAGCGUUGAGUCAAGUUGCCAUACAUAACGACGAAAAUAAUCUCAUUAGCAUAGUAUUAACGUUAAUAAUUAAUAGAUAAAGAGAAAACCAAUUAAUAACAUCUCACGUAUUGGAUACGGAAUAUGUACAACAUAGAGAGAAAUCAAAUCAAAGACAUAUAUUUCUGACUUGUAAUGCUACCAAAUGCAUGCAUCAAAAGAAAAAAAUACUCAACAUUUUUGUGAUGCAUUGGAAAUCAAAACGGAGAUUAAGCAAAACUACAACUAUUUAUUUAAAAUGACAACGAACCUUGCUUAAAAUAUAAUGCAUCCAACUAAAAGAAAAAGAAUUAAAGAAAAAAACAAUUCCUUGCUACUUUAAGGUGCAUUAUCAUAAGAUCAUUUUGUUAAACGUUUAUUAUUCGUUUUUUUUUUUCAAAUUUUCAAAAUGUUUUACACAAAAAUAAAAAUACAAAUUUCAAAAAAUAAUAAUACAUUAAAUAUUGUGGUACUUGGUGCGCGAAGUCUCAUCGAUUUAUUUUCAUCAUAAACAAAAACAAAAAUGAUUGUAAAAUGCUAUACAUUUCAUUUUUAUAUAUAGAUAUAUAUUAUACAACUGUAGACGAUGCAAGCUAGAGAAUAUAAUAUUUAGUGUGCUCUAAGCAUGUGUUUAAUUACUAAAUGAGAACAUUUUUCAUAUCAACUCAAAAGAACAAACAUAACAUUUUGAAUUUAAUCGACCAAUUUGAAAGAGAGCUCUCCCUAGGGGGAGAGAGAAAGAGAGAGAGAGAGGUAGAAACAAAAACAAACGUUACAUGACUGUAUUUCACUCGAUUCGCAUACAAAAUUUUCCAUAUUUUUUCAUAAUAAGUUAUAAAUUAGUUGAAAUAUCUGUAUGAAAAGCAAUCUGAUUUUAAUGUUAGUUGAGAGUGGUUUGAACUUAUCUCAUUUAGCAAAAAUAUGUUCGAAUUAAUCCAAAUCGACGAAUUCAAAGCUCUCUCGGGAUUUUAUGUAAAGUAGUCAUUUAUUUUUAUUUUUGUGUAUUUUUUAAAAAUAAAUUUGUUUGGGAAGCUGUGAAAUUUUUUCAUGCGCACACGUUUUUCAAAUUUCAAAGUUUUAAAUAU